AUGGGAGGAACAAACAGAUCAUUGCUUAUCAUAAAUAAGUCAAGCGAGGCUCAUCUCAAACUCAAGCUCUAUGUCUCAUGUGAUCCAGUCUGCUUCAUGCCGCACACAACAAAGGAAAUCAAGCCAAAUGAUAAGUUCUUUUACACCAGCGAGUGGGGGUCCAAGCUCGAGUUAGCUGCAGUGUUUAAAGAUAAAAAGCAACCAAAAAAGCUUCUCUUAAAACCGCAGCAGUGGGUUGGAAGAAAAUAUGUAAGGAUCACGGAAUCUCUAGACGUAAUUGAGGAUGAUCUUGCUAAUUAUCCAGAAGAAGAAAAAAAAAGGGCCGCCAAAAAUGAACAGAGAUAA